UUCUGUACUUUCCGUCUUCCCGGGUUGCCAGCUGGAGGGAGAUGGUGAGCCAGCCUCUCGUCUUCCUCUGGCGGCCGCGCAGCGAUAAAUUCUCGUGAAAUAAUAGCGUGUGAUCGUUCUGGUUAGAACAGUUAAUAGCUGGUUAGGCAGCCUUUCCCUGAGACGCCUUCCAGCGCGCCGCCAGGCGUCUCUCGGCCCGUCCGGUCCUCUCCUGGCCGUGCGCUAUGCUGGGGUCCCCCCUGCGUCCUCCCUCCCGGCCCCCCGCAAGCGCCGCAGUCUCCCGGCUGCACCUUCCUUCUAAGCAGCCCCCGAUCUGAUCCGCCGAGACCAGAAAGACCCAACCCAUGGGGGAGAAAAGCAAACUGGGAAAGCAUAGCUGUCGCUGCUCUCCAGAAAGCAAAGCUAGACGGAGCCGCGGAACCCGGUGCCCACAGCGCGCCGCGCUGCCCCAGCUCGCGGCAGGGAUUUUUGGCUGUUGGAUAUAUUGAUGUGACCCCCGCCCUUUUUUUGGAAUGAUGGGGAUCUUUUUGGCGUAUGUUGGAUUUGUUUUCUUUUCCGCGUUGUAUGUACAACAAGGGCUUUCUUCUCAAGCAAAAUUUACGGAGUUUCCACGGAACGUGACGGCGACCGAAGGGCAGAAUGUGGAGAUGUCCUGCGCUUUCCAGAGUGGCUCCGCCUCCGUGUAUCUGGAAAUCCAGUGGUGGUUCCUGCGGGGACCAGAGGACGUUGAGCCGGGUACCGAGGUGGCCGGCGCGCAGGUGGAGCUCUUACCCGACCGCGACCGGGACCCGGACAGCGACGGCACCAAGAUCAGCACAGUGAAAGUCCAAGGCAAUGACAUCUCCCACAAGCUUCAGAUUUCCAAAGUGAGGAAAAAGGAUGAAGGCCUAUACGAAUGCAGGGUGACAGAUGCCAAUUACGGGGAGCUUCAGGAGCACAAGGCCCAGGCCUACCUGAAGGUCAAUGCCCACAGCCACGCCCGCAGGAUGCAGGCCUUCGAGGCCUCGCCCAUGUGGCUGCAGGAUGCGAAACCCCGCAGGAACGUGUCCGCGAUCCCCGGCAGCAUCCACAGCCCCGCCACCCGCCGCGCGCACGCCACCUCCAGCCCGCACGCCGUAGCCAAAAUCCCCAAACAAAGUCCGCAAUCAGGUAAAAGUAAAAUAAUGAAGAAAAAUGCUUUAACCAAACAGACUAAAGUUGGCUUUGCAAUCCCUUCAGAGGGUCUCAUCUCCAGCUCCUUCGAACCCUCUCCAGUUUUGUUGCCAUGUCCAGAGUUGCUCAGGUCACACUCACCCCUUGUGUCUCCAACUACAAGAAGCUCAGAAAGAAAAUGCCUUUAAACACAAUGUCUGAGGAAACCAAUACCUGGAAUUAAAAGUUGAAGGCAUGUCCAAUGGGUGAUCUGCAAAGGGAGAAUUCUUCCUCCUAGCUGGUGGUGGCAGGGAGGGCACCCUUGGGGGAGGGACGGUGGGAUCUGAUCUGAAGAGUUGUGCCCAACAGGGACUGGGAGAGAGAAGCCACAGGGUCUCCCCAAAAUGAAGCCCUUUGGCUCUUUUGCACAGAGAGCAGAGAUUUCCUUCAGCUCCCUGAUACACACCCUAACGUGCUAAGCCACUCUCUGCUUGUUUCUCCCUAGAAACAAGGGUCUCCAGUCCUUUCAGAAGCCAGGCACCUCCUUCCUAGUCAAUGUCAGCUGUCCUUCCUUUGUUCUCUCAGCCUUUCUUCUUGUCUACUGAUCCCUCCUCGCCACCUUUACAAACAGGCGAGCAGAACUCUGAACAGCACGCUGCUGGGUGACCUCUCAGAAGGUGGCGUGCCCACUGGCUCCUGCCACCCUGGGGGCCCUGUGUGCUGGGCUUCUCCUCCCCAAGCCCAAGUCUCUCUCUCCACCCUCUUGGCCUGUUGCAUUCCAAAUGCUGUCUUAUAGCCCCUGGUGUCUCUUCUUUCUGUCUCCACAGUCCCCAUCUCCUCCACCCCAGCUCCUGGGCAGCCUCUGUCCUCCCACCAGGCCUUCUUGAUGCCCGGCCUCACCCUUCCUGCCUUCACUGGCUGCUUCCCGUUCACUGGCUCUGAGCACCCGCUCCUCUUGUUUGUUGGCUUCCCCACCCAAAUUCUCUCUUAAAUGUAGUUCUUCUCCCUUUCUCCACUCCCUGACCUUCCCUUUUCCAUUCCUAUGGUCUUGAACCCUCACCCUUGAAAAACUGUCCAUUCACCUUUCUGUUUCUUAUUUCUCACUCUUUUCCCCCAAACCACACAGAGGUCCCACAAGCACUAUGGAGGAUUAAGAUGACUGGACCCUGGUCCACAUUCCACUCACUGAUAUGCAGGGCCUGUGUCCCUUCCCCUUGAGCUCAAGCGGGCCUGUGAGCACUUUCACCAAAAAGUAUGAAGAAGUGAUGCUUUGUCAACUCCAGACACAGCCUUUAAAGGGAUUGGAAGCCUCUGCUCUGAGCUCUUAAAAGCCAGCUACUCUGUAAGCUAUACAUAGACCUUCAGAUCACCUUAUGAGUAAAGCCCCAGCCAAGGCCCUAGACAUGUGAUCAAGGACCUACAGGACCCUGCCUCCAUUACACCAAGCUCCAGCUGCCAUCUCAUCACAGCUUGAAGGAGGCUGAGCCAGCAGUGCCCAGCUGCAUUCAGAGAACAGCUGGGUGAGAGAUAAUAAUCCACUGUAGUUUUAAGACACUGGGUUGCAGAGAGAUUUGGUCCACAACAAAAGAUACCCCUAUCAGGCACCUAAUGCUCGACGAUUCAAAACCAAAGUUAUUAUCUUAGCUUUCUGACCAAAAAGAAAUGUUUCUGCUCCUGUAUUCCCGAAUUCUUUUAAUAACAGCAUCACAAUCACAGGUCUUAAGGAAAACUUGAAAUGUUCAUACCUCCUUCUCUGUCCGGUGUUACAUAGAAUCGUCCUAAUAAUCGUCUCCCUAAAACACCCAGGAAAACUGCAUUUUUCUGCUCCACCAAUCCUAGUUUCAUUCUCAACAUAAACUCUCAUCACUUGUCUCAUCUAUUCCAACAGUUUCUAAUAAUUCCUCUGUUUCAAUUCUAAUACAAGGAACAUAUCACAAUAGAUUGUGAAUCAUUAAGUGAUUAUGAUUUCUGGAGCACCACCACCGAUUUUUGCAGGUUCAUCUCCUGCCUUGUGUCCCCAGGGUUACUAAUUCUCACACACAGUCUUCUUUCUUGGGAUCCUGAAUGUUUUCAGAUACUUUCUUACCUCUGUGACUUUGUAAAUGAUAUUUUCUUUGUCUGGGUCUUUCCCAGUUUGCUAAAUUCCUACUCAAACACAAGUUCUUUAAUGCUCUUUCCUAAUCUCUUCCUCAGAACUGGCUGUUUUCUCAUCUGUUCUCCUCAGCCAUUUGCUCACACCUACUUUGGAGCCCUUACUGGACCUUGUCCCUUCCUCAUUUCCUCCUCGAGCUACUCAAAGUACCACAUCCUGGGACUGCACCCUCUCAGUCUCAAGCAAGUCAGAUUGGCUGACACCCACCUAGGGCUUUGUGGCUACAAAUACUAUAACUUGCAUUCUUCUAAGUAUCUUCUCGAACAAAGAGAGCUCAUGUUUUCAUUUUCUUGUUUGUAUGAUUAUGUUUUCAUUAAUAGAUAAUUUUGCUACUAUAUCAGAGCUGAUCAAGACUUUCAAAGGGUGUUUCUGAAACUGACUAGUGCAGCCAAUCUACAUCAGACUCACCAGAGGCUUCCUAAAGGUUCAGAUACCAGGACUCUACCCCGCACCCACUGAGUCAGCAUGUCCCUAGAACCAGAAAUAAGUAUUUUUAUGUUCCAGAAAUUGUAAGAAUCAUUAGCUUUAAAAACUUUACUUCUGGGUGAGAAAAAUAAAUUUGUA